GUGACGUACUUCACAGGGUGAUUCUUCGGAGGCGUAGCAAAACAAAACUAGGAAGAAUAUUAAGUGAAAAUGGUGACAAACAGAUCUUAUUUGAUGACACUUGCUGUCAGUGUUACUUUGUUUGCUGUUGUAUUGUCGGCCACAACUUCGUCAACUGGAGCUCCAUCGACAUCAACGGCUAAAACGACUGCACAACCAACCACCAGUGUUAAGACAACUGCGGGACCUACCACAAGCCCAACAACACAACCUACCACUACUUUGACCCCUGAGCAAGAGUGCCUUGCCAGCAAUAGUUCCUGUGAUGCCUGUAUCAGUGCUGCCAACAGUAAGUGUUUUUACUGCUAUGCUGACCACAGCUGCAAGUUGUACCCUGUGGGUGAUAUUGUCCCCCGGAACUGUGACCUGGCCAAGGCCAGAUGGGGAGUCUGCUGGGUAAACUUUGAGGCACUGAUCAUUUCGAUGUCUGUCAUCGGAGCUAUCCUCCUCCUCGCCAUCACAUGUUGCUGUGUCAGGUGUUUCUGCUGCAGAGGGGGAAACAAGGCCAAGUACAUUAAGGAUGAAGCUAAAUGGGAACGACAGAAGUCUGAGCGUAAGCAGAGAAGUGAAGAGAGGAAGGCAGACAGGAAGGAACGGAUGGAUGAAAUCAGGAAGAAAUACGGACUGCAGAAAGAUUAAACUGAAUUAGGUCUGAUGAAAGAUGAUACCCCCUAUCAGCGUUUUGAUGCUUAAGACCUUGUAACUAUGGCAACAGUCAUCAAGUAACCAUGCAAACUCGUCUCUGUCAAUGCACCAAAGGGGUUUUCAAGCAUUCUACAGUGCUAACUUUGUGCUUAAUACCUUGUGAUAUUUUCUUAGCAAAUAAAUCAGUUUUUGAAUUUUCUGAAAUAUAUUACAAGCCAUGUGCCCGUGACAUCAUAAUAAUUUUCUCAAAACUACUUACCUACUGAGAAUGUAUGAUUUUCUUUUAGCCUUUUGUCACCUUUUGGUUGUUUAGUUAAUACAUGUCGAAUUAAUGUACAUGGUUGACAGUUUGUUUUUCUUUGUUUAUGAACAAACAACUUGGUUCAAUUGAUUUUGGGUUAUUGAAAUGUUUAAUCUACAAUCUGUGGCAAAGACGUUUAAAACUGCUUGCCCAAUUUUUGCUCUAAGCAUAAUGUUUCAUAUAUGUUAGUGUUAUUAGAUGAUUUGCUUUAGUUGAACUUAUUACACCAACCUGAAUUUUACAUGACUUGGGCUCAGACUAUUGGCUAAACUUGCAGACUUGAGCUAUAGAAAAUGUGUUUUUUACCCUGCAGUUCUAAGUGUGUUGUGAAACAAUAUGUAGUGCCAUAGUGGGGAAGGAAUGGUAACAUUUUUGUGUGUUCUUUUUACCAAAUGUUCACCUUACUCAAGAGUCUAUCUGAUAUAAUAUGACAGAAUAGAGGGCAUAUUACAUGCACAUAUUCUAACCAGAUGUGUAAUGGGGUGUAUUGCAUGUGUCUUAUUCACAUAUGCAUUAUACACCAGAAAACCAGGCAGAUAAUAUGCAUACACUCAGUGUAUGAAACAGGCUGACCAAGGGGUCCCUGUCAUAACUGUAAUGUUAAAAAUUCGAAA